AGGUUUGCUAACAUGGGGCCUGAUUAUAGAGCCAGAGAAGAGGAUGAUCUUGAGCCCCAGCUUCCUAGAAGGGCGUGGCCCAGUUCUGGAGCCCCCGCCCCACUACUGCUUCAACAGCACAUCUGUGCCCAAGAUCACUGAGUCGGAUGGGACAGUGGAGGAGUGGCAGGCUGUGGUAGACAAUGAGGGCAGGACAGAGACCUGGUCGCCUAGCAAGAUGAUCCAGAAUCACCCGACACCUUCAGCCCCCUGUGAAGCUGUUUCCGUCCUCAGCCAGUCCUCAGGGAAGUAGAAAAACGUGGUUUUUGUUGUGGUGGUGUUGGUGGUUUUUUGUUUUCUUGUUUUAUCUUUUACUUCUUAGACCUUUCUAUCCUCCUCCUUAAUGACUGGGCCAGGAUGGAAGCUGAAGUCUUCUGUCUAACCUUGUGUACCUCUUAGGUGAAAUCGACCAAACCUUUGUGAACCUUAUCACCCCCUGAAUAUGGUUAAGACUCCAUAGGAUAGAACAGAUUAUCAGGUCCUGACCUGACAGUUUCUUUUGGUGAUUCUAUUUAUUGCCGUGGGGCAUGUAUUUCUGUGGCUCAGGGUAGAUAAUUGCAUCAUUUGAAAUUACUUUCCGAUAUUUAAUUUCAACUUCUCUUUUCAUGGCUACUACCUUAGUUCUGCCUCAGUUAUUUUUGUGUGUGCAAAAUAAAUUUUAUUAAAAUGUCUGCGUGCAGCAGCUCCAGAAACUCUGAUGGCUCCAGAAUUUCUAUAUCUAAGGGUCUCAGAAGGAGGGAUCUGGUUGGAAGUGGAGGGGGCGCAGGGUUGGGAGCCAGUAGCCAGGGGAUGCCUUAAAGCUGUGUUUGCAUGGCAAGCAUGCUCUUUUAAUUAGAUUGUAUGUUAAUUUGGAUUAUUUGGGGGGAUGAUCAUGAAGAUUAACAGCCCUCUCCCCCAGUGGGCACCAUCUGCAUAUUUCUGAACUGUGUAAGUCUUACCCAUUUUUUACCCAAUCUUGCGAACAUAACCCUUCUACCCUCAGCAACCAGAGUUGUUUAUGUCUCAGAAUUUCUUCACAUUGGUUUGCUUUCUAGGAAUUUUACUUUAAGAUACCUGUUUACUUCUUUUGAGCUGUUAAAAAUGUAAUUCUCUCCUAGUAAUAAUUUUUGUAAAUAGACAUUCUAUUUCAGUAACCCUCAUUAUGGUUGAAAGCACUAUCUAACUUCAAAUGUAUGGCUCUUCCUUUUCUCUCUUGGUGAGAUCUUUUUGUAAAAAGAAGCCCUUUGCUAAAUGGUUAAGUAAUGAAAUCUUCACACUUAUAAUCACUUUUUUUUUUUCUCAUUAUUGCUUAAGUUAGAUCUAAUAAAAAUGUACACCAUAUAAGUAGGGAUUGAACUAAAAAUGCAAAAUUGUCUUCUUCCCUUUUAGUACUUAAAAAAAAAAGGUCUCUCAAACUUGAGUUUACCCUCCAAGGAGCAUUUACGUGGAAGAAAAGUAGCUGGCAUUGGAAGGGUUCCUAGUCUAGUGAGUUAUGUUAAAAGAUAUUGGGUGAAGCAGAACUUUGAACGACUUCCUGCACUGCAUCUAGAUCACAGCCUGGAAUUUCCAAAGCUUUUUAUUUAACCACUUACAGACAUUCGAGGCAUUUGUUAUACACGGUGGAUGCGCAGACUUUGGGAGGGCUUGUCAUAGGAACAGGCCGGAGCACCAAGGUUUGCAGUGGUGACAGAUACAGAUUAAGGGGCUUGCCAGAUAAGCGGUACCAUCUGGUGGGAGGAGCUGGAUUUGAGUCCUAAGAAUCCAGUUUAUGAGCAUUGCCAUCUUGGUUUAUCUGUACAGGAAAAACGGAAUUUCUUUCUCUGUUUCAUGGUUUCACACCGGAACUGCUGAAAGGAUUUCUAGUAAACUGGGACAGUUGUGUUUGGAAUGAUCAGAUUUAAAAACUAAGCUAGGGGAAGUGUGUGAAAUGCACUUUGUGACCUCUGGUGGUGAGAGCACCCCGCAUGACUUUCCAUGUGUGGAGAUGGUCACUUACUAAGCACCUUGGACAGUGAAACCCAGGGCUGCGGGGUGAACAUCCCCUGAAAGGGCAGAAUCUCCAUGGAGCUACUCCUCACAUGGGCAGCUCUGUAGAGUAUGCUGCAGAAUAGGCAGCAGGAUGGUCAGGUGAUUUUCCUGGCAAGUGCUUGGGUAGACCAGUUAGUCAAUAAACAUGGAACUAAGUUUGUCUUCAGACUAUUGUGAGAAUUACAUGAAACAAAUUACACAUAACUACUUUGAAAACUGUAAAUGUGUGAGAUACUAGUUAUUGGGGAAGUAUGUAAAUAUUAUAAGACUUUGAAUCCUAGGCUGAAAUGCUUGAAGUUGGUCAGAUGAUGAUGGUAAAAAUGUAAUACCUGCUAACACUGGUAUGUUGAUUAUGUGUGCUUAUUAUGUUUCAGGCUUUGUCCUUCAUGGUUUAUGGACAUUAGCAAGUCUAUGAGGUUCAGCUCCCUGUAUAUCUUCCCAGAUGCCUAAAACCUGACCACAAUUUUCCAUCACUGGGUUGAUAUCUAACCAUGCAGCGGAGAUCAAGAGGAAUUAAUACUGGACUUAUUCUGCUCCUUUCUCAAAUCUUCCAUGUUGGGGUCAACAAUAUUCCACCUGUCACCCUAGCAACUUUGGCUGUCAACAUCUGGUUCUUCUUGAGUCCUCUGAAGCCACUGUUGGGCUCCUGCCUUAGCGUGGAGACGUGUUACCAGCAGAAAGACUGGCAGCGCCUACUGCUUUCUCCUUUUCACCAUGCAGACGAUUGGCAUUUGUAUUUCAAUAUGGCAUCCAUGCUAUGGAAAGGAAUCAAUCUGGAAAGGAGACUGGGAAGUAAAUGGUUUGCCUAUGUCAUCGUCACAUUCUCACUACUCACCGGGGUGGUGUACCUGUUGUUGGAAUUUGCUCUUGCAGAAUUUAUGAAUGAGCCUGGCUUCAGAAGGAACUGUGCUGUAGGCUUCUCAGGAGUUUUGUUUGCUUUGAAAGUUCUUAACAACCAUUAUUGCCCUGGAGGCUUUGCCAACGUUUUGGGCUUUCCUGUACCCAACAGAUUUGCUUGUUGGGCAGAACUUGUGGCUAUUCAUUUCAUCUCGCCAGGGACUUCUUUCGCUGGGCAUCUGGCCGGGAUUCUCGUCGGACUAAUGUACACUCUUGGGCCUCUGAAGAAAAUCAUGGAAAUGUGUGCAGGCAAUUUUCCCUCCCCUGUUCAUUACCCAGGACAGCAGUACUACUUUAAUAGUCCAGGCUACUCCAGAUAUCAGGAUUAUUACCCCCACGGCAUGCCAGGUUACUCUGAAGAAGUACCCAGGGACUAUGACGCAUACACAGCAGGACUGAGUGAAGAGGAACAACUGGAGAGAGCGUUAAGAGCCAGCCUCUGGGACCGAGGAAACAGCCCCCCGGGUCCCCUGCCCUACGGGUUCCGUCUCUCACCAGAGGAAGAAAUGAGGAGGAAGCGGCUUCACAGAUUUGACAGCCACUGAGGGGGCAGGGCAUCCUGGGCAAAAGUGGUCCAGUCAUGUGAUCAUUGCCCAUGUGGCUCAUCAUUUCCCAAGCCCCUACUUGGACCAAAAGCACAGUACAGCUUUAUCUCACAUCUGCCUCGGCUCGUCACCCCGUGGCCCCUGUGGGUCUCCAUCCACCAGCAGAUUGACUUGUCUUGAAACCAGACUUCUGGAAGCAGCCCACGGCUCUCUGGGCCCUUCUCCCGGCCUCCUCCCGUGUCACAGGCGGAAGGUCCGUUCCUCCAGGCAGGGACCGCUUUCCACACUCCCUCUUGGUGCGGCCAGCCCGGCGGUGCUUCUGCCUCGUUCUGGUUUUGAAGACUGUGACUUUCACCAGCCUGGAAGGUCAGGCCCCCCCUUCUGUCCGGCGUGCCCAGUGCAGGGCUUGGCGAGAAGAGAAAAGCCAUGCCUCGGCCUCCUGACACGUGGCUGCGAUGACUUUCCGGGAAACACGACGUGGCUGCCGUAAGAGUAUGUUGUCCGCUCGCCCUUGCCCGAGCACCUCGGCCUCUUGGGCGCCCACGUGCGGGUGGCGUUGACAGCGUACUUGACUUGUUCUUCCAUUGCUCUGUCUUUAGAGAACGUCGGGCUGAAAAGGCCUGGGUCAGACCUCGGGGACGCCGCCUACACACUCCGUUAGACAUCAGGUGGCACUGACGCUGGGGGCGCACAGCGGCCUCUCCAGCGAGAGGAUAGGUUCCCAGAGAUGUCACUUGGGUUAGUUAACCAGCCAGCCAAGCAGCAGCAGGUGCUACCAGCAGAGUAAAGCAGUCAUUUGGUGGGCUGGUCGCUGAGAAAGCCCUUUUGAGGAAGUAUUUUUUUUUCCCCCAUAAAAGUGCCUUUUAAAUGGCCACUGUAACAGCCGCUUGUCCUGCCCAGGUGCCCAGGACCCACCUAGAAGCCCUCAGUGUUAGAGCCCACGGGCCAUCCAUGUCACUUAAGACUAUUUCCUGGUGCCUGUGUUUCAUGAAUAAAAAGACAAAGUCAGAUAUCACUGAUGUCUUAUUGUCACCGAGGUAUUUAUCUUUAAAGAGAGUUGAAGCAGAAAAGGAUCUUCCUAUUUUCAUUGAUAUUUCUAGCAUUUAUAUAUAGUUUUAUGAUCAUGAGAGUAAUAUAUGUGCCUUAUAUAUGCAUAAAGCAAACAUCUGAAUAUACCCAUAUGUUAACAGAGGUUAUCUCUAGGGGCAGAGCACGUAGAAUUUUUGCUUUCUGGUUUUUUACAAUUUUAUAUCACAGUGUUUAAAGAAUGUGUGUAUUUGGGGCAUCUGGGUGGCUCAGUCAGUUAAGUGUCUGACUCUUGAUUUCGGCUCAGGUCCUGAUCUCAUAGUUAUGAGAUCACAUCCCACAUCAGGCUCUGUGCUGAGCACAGAGCCUGCUUGGG